AUGCCGGGCGUCGUCGAAAUGCACGCUGGCGGCGCUCCAGCACCGGGUCUCGAAUUUACCGUCGCGCAUCAAAAGGUCGAGCUCGAGAUCGACUUCAUCAGCAAGAGCUUGAGAGGCAGUACUGAAAUUACCAUCCACCCGCAACGAAAUGACUUGAAGGAUAUAUGCUUGAACUUUCGCCAGGGCGAAAUCAAACGCAUCAGUGUGAACGGCAAAGGGGUCCCGACUUGGGAAUAUGCUGACCCUUACGACCAUAUUCAGCUCUACGGAGCGCAAUACUACCAACGAUUAACGCCGAAGCUUGAUUACCUUCUCAAAACCCCCCGUCAACCCGAGUUGAAGUUAUCCAUUCCGAAAACCGUGAGAAUCGAAGAGUUGGACCCAUUCUCUGCAGAGGCGCAAGAACAAAUUGCCCUGCAGGGUGCUGGGGAUGAUGCGGAUGGGCCCGUGGGAGGUCGGACAACAGAGGCUAGUCUUCCACGAUUCAAGGCCCUGACUUUGAAUAUUGAAUUCGUAACGGAACGUGUGCGCGAUGGAUUGCAAUUUGUUGGAGUAGAUAGCGGCGACCGGCGCUAUCCCCAUGCAUACACUACGAACUCGCUAGAUUCUGGAGUUGGAUGCCCUUUGUUCCCUUGCAUGGAUGAUACAGCCUCACGUUGCACCUGGGACAUCUCGAUCUCCUGCCCCUCAACGUUGGGAGACCUCUUCGAUCCCAAGACCCGUGAUGCUUCCGGUUCUCGAUCAAAAACGCAAACUCGACAAAUCUCUGCAGAUGACGAAGGGCUUGACAUGUCGGUGGUGUGCUCCGGCGAGUUGACGGAUGACAUUGUGGACCCAAAGGAUGCCAGCCGGAAAACAGUAUCAUUUGGAUGUUACGCUCCUCUGUCUGCUCGACAACUUGGUUUUGCUGUUGGUCCCUUUGAAUAUGUCAAUCUUGCGGACUUCCGUGAAAGUGAUCAAGAUGAACAACUUGGUCAAAAUGCUAUCCCGUUGCACGCAUUCUGUUUACCGGGCAAAGCAGAUGAUGUACAAAACACCAGUUUUCCUAUGGCACAGGCCAUUGAUUUCCUCUCUAUGCAAUAUGGCGCUUAUCCGUUCUCGAGCUACAAGAUUUGUUUUGUCGACGACGUCAACCCGGAGACAUUGCCCACAGCUUGCCUGUCAAUUUGCAGCAGCCACCUUCUUUUCCCGGCGGAGAUCAUUGAUCCUAUGUAUGACUCUACUCGGGCGUUGGUUCACGCUUUGGCGUGUCAGUGGACUGGAAUUAAUAUCAUCCCCAACGAGCCGGCGGAUACUUGGGUCACAGUUGGCAUUGCGUGGUACAUCACCGAUACAUUCAUGAAGAAGCUUUGCGGCAACAACGAAUACCGAUUUCGUCUGAAACAAACCUCCGAUCAAAUUUGCGAGCUAGACUGGGAACGUCCUUCGAUUUAUGACAUGGGAAACUUUCUCAAAAUUGAUCCAUCUGAAUCACGAUUCAUUGCUCUCAAAGCACCCCUGGUUCUGUUCAUUUUGGAUCGUCGUCUGACCAAGGCAAGCGGAAAAGCCACGAUGUCUCGAAUCAUCAAUCGGAUUUUCCUCAAUUCCCGCAUGGGAGAUAUUCCCAAUAGGGCCAUUACCUCAUCCCUAUUCCAAAAAAUGUGUGAGCGAUUGGGUCAUGCGAAACUCGAUGUCUUUUUCCAACAAUGGGUUUACGGCGCCGGUUGUCCGCGCUUCGUGGCCACGCAGCGCUUUAACAAGAAGAAGCUUGUGGUUGAAAUGAUGAUCAGACAAGUGCAAAGUGAGCAGCCAACAGUACGCGACCUUGACAAGGAUGCGUUCCUGCGAGAUGUUAAGGAAGAAGUUCGCCACGUCUGGGCUGGUGCCCUUCAACCUGUCUUCACCGGUUCCAUGACACUCCGAAUCCACGAGGCCGAUGGUACACCAUAUGAACAUAUCGUGGAGAUUAAGGAGGGACUCACAAAGUUUGAAAUCCCAUACAACACCAAGUACAAGCGGCUCAAGCGGAACAAAAAGCAACGAGAACGUGCUGUUGCAAACGGCGACCCAGAGGCCCAAGAAGAAGUUCUCUUGUACUGUCUCGGAGAUGUUCUCCAAACAGAAGAAGAGGUACAAGACUGGCGCAUGUCUGACUGGACUAAGGAAGACGAAGAAAGAAUGGGCCAAGAGUCUUACGAAUGGAUCCGGAUGGAUGCGGAUUUCGAAUGGAUUUGCAAGCUCCAACUGAAUAUGCCAGGGUACAUGUACCUGUCACAACUCCAGCAAGACCGAGACGUCGUUGCUCAACUAGAAGCCCUCCAAGCGAUGAUUGCUCAGCGUGAAAAUAGCUUGAUUUCCAGCAUCUUUGCUCGAACCAUCAUGGACAGUCGUUACUUUCACGGAAUUCGAGUGACCGCAGUGCGGGCAAUGGUCAAGCACGCCAAGGAUGAAGUCGAUUGGAUUGGAUUGUUCCAUCUGGAAAAGAUCUUCCAGGAAUUGUUCUGCUUCCCGGGGUCUCCCAUGACCAAAUCAAAUGACUUCUCUGACAUCGCAGCUUACAUUCUUCAAAAAGAAAUCCCAGAGGCAAUCUCAAAGGUGCGCGACAACAGCGGUAAAACCCCUAUGCGGGUCAAGCGCUUCCUGUUUGACAAAUUGAAAUUCAACGACAACUCAAACAAUGCGUACUCUGACAAUUAUUACGUGGCGUCGCUGAUGCGCUCACUUUGUCAUGCUCUCCUGGGCCGAAAUGAGUCUCGACAGGAAGAUGAGUUGGCUAAUUUCAAUAUGGAGCGUGUCCUGGAAGCUCAGGCCGAAGAACAGCUAGAGAAGGACACCAUUGCUGAAAUUGAUCGGUACCGACGAAUGGAUGAGUGGUCAAGCUCUUACCAAAAUCUCUACUCACGAGCCGCCUUGCACUGUCAAAUGCACAUGAUGCAGGCCAAAAUUUUGGAUACGGACCUGAUGCGUUUCAUUCCAUACACACGGGCUGGGACUUAUGAUCUUCUUCGUCUGCAAGCAUUCGAUUGCCUGGUUGAUUUGGACAUUUCUCAGAGUCCAGAUCUGCUUCGCUGGAUCAUUUACACUAUGACCAGUGACUCAUCUCCCUAUGUCCGUCGCAAUUGCCUCCGGGCGUUUGGCCGGACACUGGCCAUGAUUGCAUUUGGACGCGCGCCGCAACCUGAGACUAACCAGAGCGAUGGCUUGAUCAUUGAGCAAGAGUCAUCCACCGAGGUUCGACAGGCUGACUUGGCGCGUCGUCAAACUGUUCCUGGUGCAAUCGAGGCCCUCAAACGGGAACUCUAUCAUGAUGCGUCAUUGAAGGAAUACAUUUGGGCUGCGUGCAACUCAUGGCUGAUUGGAAUUGAUGAGAUGGCCGAUGUCGCAGACCUUUGCCAUGUCAUGUUUGAACCUAUUACAUCCAAACACGCCAAACUCCGAUACCCUCGCUACUGGAAGGUCGAGAAAGUUGGUUUUGGCAAGGUGCGGUUCUUCCGGUCAGAAAAUGUUCGUACCAGCCUGGUACCAUCAAGAGACGCCCCUGUCGCCCCUGUCGCCCCUGUCGUUCCCAAGCGUAAGCGUGAUGAACCAGGCAUGCCGCCGCCUGCUCCUCGCAUCACUUUCAAACAAAACAAGACCGGUUCAACUCCUAGCACCCCAUCCUCUGCGACCCUCCCGAAGCUUCACAUUCCCCUACCAUCCUCCGCUACUUCGGGAACCAGAACUCCCGGCUCUUCGACCCCGGGCACCCCAUCCACUGGAGGCCCAUUGAAGCUGAAGCUGAAGUUCGGACAAAAACCAAAAUGA